ACCAGUUACUGUCACUUGUAUAACUCUUUUACAAGAGGAUAAGAAGGCAGCACAAUAUGUAUGGACAAAGUGGAUAUGGCAGGGGCAGAAAUGAGCGCAGAAUUCAAAACAAUUACCAGUCUCAGAGAAAUGACAACACUGGUGAAGAUUUCAGAACUGGAAUGGAGGGGCAGCAGCGGAAUCCAGACCCUCAACAGGACACCAUAAUACAACAGCCAGCUCCACAGGCUCCUCAAGAGUCUCAGUACUCAAGUUCCCACCGAGUUAUUCAACCAGAUCCAACAAAGAGAGAAAAACUCCUUUCAUCGGCAAGAAAAGAGGAAGAGGAAUAUGAGCGCUUCAAGGAAUCUAGAAGACUGGGACCUAUAUAUCUUACUCCUCAGAAAUUGGGUGGUCAAACAUCAGAAUCAGAAGCACGAAAGCAGCAGCAAGUAACACAAGCUCAGUCCAAGCAUCAAAAAAUGAUCCAGCGAGAAGAAUACCGAAAAAAACUAAAGGAGGAGGAAGAGGCCAAGAUACAAAAGAUGAAAGACAUUCAAAGAAAAAAGGCUGAAAAGCUAGAAGAGAAAAGACAACAACAGGAUAUGGAGAGAAGGCACAGAUGGCAUGAAGACAGAGGCAUGCGAAACAAUGCAUUUCUGGAUCAGCUACAACCUGUACACCAUCCAUAUAACAAUCCCUUUGGGCAGACAACUAAAUGGGGAAAGGACCAGGCUGUUAAACAAGAGCAGACAAUGCAGAAGAUGAGAGAAAUGGAUAGUGAAGAUGAAUGGCCAUACAGAGCUGUUAAUCAGGACCAGGACGAGGACUGGAUGCUUCAGCAAGCACUUAAAGAUUCACUUUUAACAGGAAAGGACCAGGCUGUUAAACAAGAGCAGACAAUGCAGAAGAUGAGAGAAAUGGAUAGUGAAGAUGAAUGGCCAUACAGAGCUGUUAAUCAGGACGAGGACGAGGACUGGAUGCUUCAGCAAGCACUUAAAGAUUCACUUUUAACGCACAAAACUGAAGAGGAAACUAGAGUUCAGGAAAUGAAAAAGUCUCAGCACAAGCAGCGUAUGUUACAGCCAAUACAGCAGACUUAUAAACAACAGCAAAAGGAAGAAGAGGAAAAAAGACUGAAAGAAAUGAAAGAAGAGCAACGCAGAAAGGCUGAAGUGCUACAGAAGUGCGAAGAGGAACGAACACUGUCUCAAGAAGAGCAACGUAGGAGAGUGAACAACGUUUUCCUGGAUAGACUUCAAAGAAAUAACACUAGUCAACACGGAUAUACAAGAGAGUCAAACACUUGGGCUUAGAGUUGAUCCAAGAAAUGAUGUCAGCAUAAAACUAAGGAAGUGUUUGUUUUAUUCUAAAAGACGGAAUGGAAAAGAAAAUGAUCAAUACUUUACAAUCCUUUCACUUCAAUCAAGAACAAUGUGAUUAUUGUUAUAUUGUCUUCUCAAUAUUUUGUAUAUAUUGGUAAUGUUUACAGUGCACAUCUACAAUCAAUGUGAGGGGCUUUGCUAAUAAUCAUACUAUAUACCUCAGAUGUUCACCUUGUGUCUGCCUUAAAGGAGUUCUGUAGUGAAAGAUAACUUAUCCCCUAUCCAAAAGAUAGGGAAUAAGUUAUAGAUCGCAGGCGAGACCAACCGUUGGGACCCCCCACGUUCUCCUGAACAGGGCCCCGGCAGUCUGCUGUCAGGAAGCGUGCCGACCCCCACGUGGAGCGAUAGCCGACACGCCUAUCCUUUGGCUAAGGGAUAAGUUAUUUUUCACUGCACUUCUCCUUUAAUGUUGAGUUUGUGUGCAUGCUUUUAUUUAUAAUUUCGCCCUUUUCUGUGACAAACUAACGAAAGGCACAGAAGCAGGAUUCAUCAUUAUUGUUCCUGUGCUUCCUUUUAACAGAGAUGUUUUAUGAGCUGUAUCUAUUCAAAAGACCAGUGGUUUUCAAUCAGGGUGCCUACAGCUGUUGCAAUAGUUGCAGAUUGAUCUCUCUCACACCAAGUGAUCGCUCCACCCAUUGAAGCAGACAGGCUCCCUGUCAUCAGCUGACUAGUGAGUCAGGUCUCGGCCGGAUUGCAACCUGGGAAAAAUCUGAGACAACAGUCAUUUUGUAUGCUGUUAAAAAUAAAUAUUGGGGUGAAAAAUCACAUAAGAAUUGUGAGAAAACAGUCACACACAGGUACAGACACUAUAUUAUGAACUACACUAACUUUACAGCCCCUGUAGCAUAGUCAAAUAAAAAAAAAUGGAAUACCCCUUUAAGGACCAGAGCAUUUUUUGCACAUCUGACCACUGUAACUUUAAGCAUUGAUAACUCUGAGAUGCUUUUUCUAAUCAUUCUGAUUCCGAGAUUGUUUUUUCGUGACAUAUUCUACUUUAUGUUAGUGGUAAAUUUUUGUUGAAAGUUGCAUCCUUUCUUGGGGAAAAAUGCCAAAACUUCAUGAAAAAAAUUUGAAAAUUUAGCAUUUUUCUAACUUUGAAGCUCUCUGCUUGUAAGGGAAAUAGACAUUCCAAAUAAAUUAUAUAUUGAUUCACAUAUACAAUAUGUCUACUUUAUGUUGGCAUCAUAAAGUUGACAUGUUUUUUACUUUUGGAAGACAUUAGAGGGCUUCAAAGUUUAGCAGCAAUUUUCAAAUUUUUCACGAAAUUUUCGAAAUCAGAAUUUUUCAGAGACCAUUUUUCAGGCCUUUAUAUUAAAAAUACUCAAUAAAUGACCCCAUUAUAGAAACUGUGACCCUCAAAGUAUCCAAAAUGACAUUCAGAAAGUUUGUUAACCCUUCAGGUGUUUCACAGGAAUAGCAGCAAAAUGAAGGAGAAAAUUCUAAAUCUUCCUUUUUUACUCGCAUGUUCUUGUAGACCCAGUUUUUUUUAUUUUUACAAGGGGUAAUAGGAGACAAAGCCCCCCAAAUUUAUAACCCAAUUAACCCAAUUUCUCUCGAGUAAGGAAAUACCUCAUAUGCUCAGAAGAGAAGGAGUCACAUUUUGGAAAGCAAAUUCUGCUGAAAUGGUUUACGGGGGGCAUGUCACAUUUAGGAAGCCCCUCUGGUGCCAGAACAACGGAAAAAAAAAACACAUGGCAUACUAUUUUGGAAACUACACCCCUCAAGGAACGUAACAAGGGGUACAGUGAGCCUUAACACCCCACAGAUGUUUGAUGACACGUUAAAGUCGGAUGUGUAAAUAAAACAUUUUUUUUUUCACUAAAAUGCAGUUUUUACCCCAAAUUUUUCCUUUUUACAAGGGGCAACAGUAGAAGAAGCCCCCCAAAAUUUGUCACACCAUUUCUUCUGAGUAUGGAAAUACCCCAUGUGUGGAUGUCAAGUGCACUGCGGGCGCACUACAGGGCUCAGAAGAGAAGGAGCGCCAUUGAGCUUUUGAAGAGAGAAUUUGUUUGGAAUGGAAGUGGGGGCCAUGUGCGUUUACAAAGCCCCCAUGGUGCCAGAACAUGUGACCCCAUUUUGGAAACUACACCCCUCACAGAAUUUAAUAAGGGGUGCAGUGAGCAUUUAUACCCCACUGGCAUUUGACAGAUCUUUGG